UUUAGAAAAACUGAAAAGCAAAGAAAAGCAGAACUCAAUGUAAACACUUUGUGGGCUGUGGAAAUACGUACAUUUGUGGUUUCACUUAGGAGACUCUAAUGUAGCUAGUCCUGUGAGUUCAGUAUUCAGUUUUAUAGACCACAAUGGCCACACGGAAUGGACACAUCUCUAACGGUGCUUUUCAGGUCACGCAACACCGAGUGCACCCAAUACAGAAACUGCCACAGGACCUCAUAUUGAAAAUCUUCUCCUUCCUUGAUGUGAUAUCACUGUGUAGGUGUGCUCAAGUAUCAAAGCUGUGGAGAGACUUAGCCCUGCAUGGCAGCAACUGGCAACACAUCAAUCUCUUUGAGUUUCAAAUUGCGAUUGAGGGCACGGUGGUUGAGCAUAUGUCAGCACGUUGUGGGGGCUUCCUCAGAACUCUCUCUCUCCAAGACUGUAAGAUCGUUGAGGACCCAGCUCUCGAGACAUUUGCUACUAAUUGCCAGUACAUAGAGACACUCAUCUUGACCAAGUGCUUCAAGAUCACAGACCAAACUGCCCACAGUCUGAGUAGACACUGCCCUAACCUCAAGAUUCUGGAUGUCUCCUCUUGUAGACAACUCACUGACCAAACUUGCAUUCAUCUCAGUGAAGGAUGUCUGAAGUUGGAGUAUGUAGACCUCUCUUAUUGUGCAAUCACCAAAGAGGGCAUCAAGGCGUUAACAACAAAAUGCCUGAGGCUGAAACACAUCCUGGCAAAGUAUUGUCCGGAGGUGAAUGACGAUGCUUUGGGCCACAUAGGAGACAAUUGCAAACAGCUGGUCACUCUAAAUAUAGACGGCUGUAAGACGGUCACGGAUGUCGGCUUAGGCUCGGUGUGUAAAAAAUGCCCAGGGUUAGUAAAGCUGAGUGUGUCUGGUUGUGAAUCGAUCACCGACCUGUCUCUAAGAAAGCUGGGAGCCUCGUGCCCCGAGCUCAAGUUAUUGGAAGCUACUGGUUGCUCCCACUUCACAGAUGCUGGAUUCAAGGCUCUAGCUACAGGCUGUAACAAGCUGCAACGUUUGGACCUUGAAGAAUGUGCUCUGCUCACGGACACCACUCUGGCCCACCUCUCCCUACAUUGUCCCAACAUCCUACGACUGGUAUUUUCUCAUUGUGAGCGAAUCACUGACAGUGGCAUUCGUCAUUUGGUGAGUGGGGCCUGUUCUGAAACCCUGCAAGUGCUAGAGCUGGACAAUUGCCCCUUCAUCACCGACCAAGCAUUGGAGAUGCUCAGGGGAUGCUCUAUGUUGAGACGGUUAGAGAUCUUUGACUGUCAAAUGGUCUCCAGAUCAGGGAUUCACAGAUUAGAGCGUUUGAAACCAGACCUGAAGGUCCACGCAUUCUUCCCUCCCCACAACUCCCCACCCCCUGUCAUAGCUCAUCGGAGACGUGUGUGUCGUUGCUGUGCUCUAGUAUGACAUCACCAUUACUGAACAUCACUCCAUUCAUUUCUGUCUGAUGCAGUCAAUGCCAGACAUUUUUCAACUCAGCACAAUCACCUUCAUGAUCAUCUUCACAAUAGACUUUCAUCGUAAUAGUAUUUAUACUGGUACUGUACCGUUAUAAACACUUAACCUUUGUAUUCAUUUUGAUACAGUUUCACGUUUUCGACAAUCAUUAUUAUUAUAUUAUUAAAAAUCCUA